UCGCCCUCCCUCUUUUCCCCUUCCCGCGCUCAUCCCACGCCCUCCCUAGGAACCCUCCGACGCCCUCGCGGCCUUUGCGGACCUCCCGCUCUCCGCGCCCACGCAGCGCGGGCUCAAGAAAAGUUUCUUCGUGCAGAUGACGCAGAUACAGAGGAAGAGCCUGCCGGUGUCGCUCAAGGGCCGCGACGUGCUCGGCGCGGCGCGCACGGGGAGCGGGAAGACGCUCGCGUUUCUCGUGCCGGUGCUCGAGGUGCUCUACAGGCGGAGGUGGGGCCCGCAGGACGGGCUGGGCGCGUUGGUCAUCUCGCCGACGAGGGAGCUGGCGGUGCAGAUAUUCGAGGUGCUCAGGUCGAUCGGCGGGUACCACACCUUCUCCGCGGGGCUGGUGAUUGGGGGGAAGAGCUUGAAAGAUGAGCGGGAGAGGCUGGGGCGCAUGAAUAUCCUCGUCGCGACGCCCGGCCGGCUGCUGCAGCAUAUGGACCAGACGGUCGGGUUCGCGUGCGAUAACCUCCAGAUGCUCGUCCUAGACGAGGCGGACCGUAUCCUAGACAUGGGCUUCGCCAAGACCCUCUCCGCCCUCCUCUCCCACCUCCCCAAGUCGCGCCAAACCCUCCUCUUCUCCGCCACCCAGACGCAGUCCGUGACCGACCUCGCCCGGCUGAGCCUCAAGGACCCCGUCUUCAUCUCCGCCGACCCCGAAGCCGCGGGGCUCGCCACGCCAGACUCCCUGCAGCAGCACUACACCGUCGUCCCACUCGACAAGAAGCUCGACGUGCUGUGGAGCUUCGUCAAGAGCCACCUGCAGUGCAAGACGCUCGUGUUCCUGAGCGCGUGCAAGCAGGUGCGCUUCGUGUUCGAGACGUUCCGCCGGCUGCACCCGGGCGUGCCGCUCCUCCACCUGCACGGGAAGCAGAAGCAGGCGACGCGGCUGGCCGUGUAUCGGAAGUUCACCAGGAGCAAGCACGCGGUGCUCUUCGCGACGGAUAUCGCCGCGCGCGGGCUCGAUUUUCCGGCGGUGGACUGGGUCGUGCAGGUCGACGCGCCCGAGGACGCGGAGACGUAUAUACACCGCGUGGGCCGCACGGCGCGGUACGAGAGCGCGGGGAACGCGCUGUUGUUUCUCUGCCCGAGCGAGGAGGAGGGGAUGUGCAGGGCGCUCGAGGGGAAGGGCGUGACCGUGGAGAAGACGAAGAUACGCGCGAGCAAGACGCAGAGCAUCGAGAAUAUGCUGCAGAAGCUCGCGUUCCAGGACCCGGAGGUCAAGUACCUCGGGCAGCGGGCGUUUGUGUCGUACAUGCGCUCGGUGUACCUGCAGAAGGACAAGAGUAUCUUCAAGCUGGAGGAGCUCCCCGCGGAGGCGUUCGCGGCGUCCCUCGGUCUGCCCGGCGCGCCCAAGAUCAAGUUCCUCAGCAGGGAGAUCGCGAAGAAGAAGAAGAAUGCGCAGCGGAUCGUGCCGGGGACGGAUAAUCAGCAGGUAUCGGAGGUGGCGCCGCAUGAGAGCAGUGAUGAAGAGGAGAGCGAGGAGAGUGGAGACGAAGAGGAGGGGCAGGAGAGCGGGUCUGAGGCUGAAGGGAGCAGAGCGUCCAGGCCGCCGGAGGAGGCGAAGGGGUCUGCAAAGCCGUCGAAAACAAACGGCGUGCGCACAAAGUACGACCGCAUGUUCGAGCGGAAGAACCAGAACAUCCUCUCCGCGCACUACACCAAGCUCGUCGACCACGGCGCCGACUCAGAGGAAGAAGACGACUUCAUCACACUCAAGCGCGCGGACCACGAGCUCCCCGGCGCGGGCCUGCCCGAAUCGCACAACCUCUCGAAGCGGAAGCUGAAGGCGGGCGAGUCGAAGAAGGCGAUGCUAAAGUACAAGGGCGCGCCGACGAAGCUCGUGUUUGACGACGAGGGGCGGGCGCAUGAGUUGUACGAGAUGCAGGAUCCGGAGGAGGUGUUCAAGGGCGGGGAGCGCGAGGUGGCGGAGGCGGGGAAGAAGUAUGUGCAGGAGGAGAGGGGGAAGUUGAUGGAGAGGGAUGUGCUGGAUAAGGCGGAGGCGAGGGAGAAGAAGAGGGAGAAGAAGCGGAAGCGGAAGGAAAGGGAGAAGGGGGCUCCCGGCGAUGAUGCCUACCUUGGGCCUUCUGUGCAGCCGCUGCCCGAGGACGAUGGGUAUGAGUCCCCCGAGUUUGAGCUCCCGUCUGCAAGUGAUUCUGAGGACGAAGCGGCACCGCCUCCGCCAAAGCGAAGUAAAAAGGCGCCGAAUUCACGGCCAGAGAGGAAUACGAGCCCAGAGCUCAAUAAUCUGGAGGACGAGGAAGAGCUGGCGCUUCGUAUGCUUCGUAGCAGGCGCUAAUCCUUGUAUACUAGACCCUCACUAAUUGUUGCUAUCAGUUGUUGGAAUUCUUCCGCAUCCACGAAUGUCAUUGCAUCGUUGUCGACGC